GGGCGAGGGCGAACGGCUGCUGCGCGCGGCGUCUCCGUCACCUAGGGUCGUGCGGGUCGCGUUCCAGGGCAUGGGCGACAAGUAUGCUGCUCUGCGGAGGGCCCGGCUGCAUCUGGAUUUUAUCCACGCCAACUCCACCACUCACAGUUUUCUGUUUGGAGCACUGGCUGAAUUGCUGGACAAUGCAAGAGAUGCAGGGGCUGCAAGACUUGAUGUGUUUUCAGUGGAUAAUGAAAACCUGCAGGGUGGAUUUAUGUUGUGCUUCCUGGAUGAUGGAUGUGGUAUGAGCCCUGAGGAAGCUUCAGAUAUCAUUUACUUUGGAACAUCCAAGAAACGGUUAUCGACCUUGAAGUUUAUUGGGCAAUAUGGCAAUGGUCUUAAAAGUGGAUCCAUGAGGAUUGGAAAAGACUUUAUUCUUUUUACAAAAAAGGAGGAAACGAUGACCUGUGUGUUUUUUUCUCAGACAUUCUGUGAAAGAGAAGGUCUGAAUGAGGUUGUGGUUCCAAUACCUUCAUGGUUAACAAGAACCAAAGAAUCUGUCACAGAUGAUCCUCAAAAGUUCUCAACAGAACUGUCUAUAAUUUAUGAGUACUCUCCGUUUAAAACCGAAGCUGAAUUGAUGCAGCAAUUUGAUGUGAUCUACGGGAAGUGUGGAACUUUGCUGGUUGUUUAUAACUUGAAGCUUCUGCUUAGUGGAGAGCCUGAGUUGGAUGUUAAAACUGACAAGGAAGAUAUACUGAUGGCGGGAGCUCUUGAGGAUUUUCCAGAGAGAUGGUCAUUCAGAGCCUACACAUCUGUUCUGUAUUUUGACCCUUGGAUGAGAAUUUUCAUUCAGGCCAAAAGAGUUCAAACAAAAUACCUAUGUUAUUGCCUCUACAGACCAAGAAAGUAUCUGUAUGUCACAUCAUCUUUUAAAGGGACAUUUAAAAAUGAAGUUAAAAAGGCAGAAGAAGCAGUAAAGAUAGCUGAACUCACACUGAAAGAAGUACAAAUUGAAACAAACAACUCUGACAGAACUUCCUUGUCUUCUCCUGCCAAGGAUGUAUUACAAAAAGCUUCGGAAGAUGUAAAAGCAAAGCAUAAGAUUCUUCAAGAGAAACGAAGAGAAUUAAAAAAAGCAAGGACACUCUCCCUGUUCUUUGGAGUGAACAUAGAAAACCAAAGCCAAGCUGGGAUGUUCAUUUACAGUAAUAACCGCUUGAUCAAAAUGCAUGAGAAAGUGGGCCCACAACUAAAACUGAAGUCCUUACUUGGUGCAGGUGUGGUUGGCAUUGUUAAUAUACCCCUGGAGAUCAUGGAACCAUCCCAUAAUAAACAGGAAUUUCUCAAUGUCCAAGAGUAUAAUCAUCUUCUAAAAGUCAUGGGACAGUACUUGGUCCAGUACUGUAAGGACACCGGGAUCAGUAAUAGAAGUCUGACAUUGUUUUGGAAUGAAUUUGGAUAUGCAAAUAAUGAUGUGGAGAGAUCUUUAGAUUCUGUUCGGUAUCACAGAAGACAAGCCAUGGCCAUCCCAUUCAUCAUUCAGUGUGAUCUUUGCCUUAAAUGGAGAGUCUUGCCUUCCUCUACUCAUUACCAGGAGAAAGAAUCUUUUGACAUCUGGAUUUGUGCUAAUAACCCUAAUCUCCAGGAAAACAGUUGUUGUCAGAUGGAACGUCUGCCUUCCAUCCCUCUGGGCACUAUGAACACAGUACCACCAUCAAAAACUGAGAAAGAGAAGCAACUUCGAGAGUCAGUCCAAAGGUAUCAGAAUCGACUGGCAGAACAGCCUCGACAGCCUCAGUUUAUACCAACAAGUAGGAUCACUGAGUUCACUACCACCUGCCAAACUUCAGCACCUAAGGGAAAUAAGAAAACUCAGAGAAUCAGGCCUUCUGGUGAUGACUUGAAGCAUGAGUCUCUUUCAUCCUUUGAGCUUUCAGUCAGCAGUGGAGGCUGGAAAAAUAGCACAGAGGAGUCGGACUCCAGUGUAGAAUGUAUUUCAGAGACUAAAAUCAUGAUGAAGUCUAUGCAGAAGAGAGUGAAGCCUCAACAGCAGAGACAUGCAGCAACCCUGCUGGAAAAUGUCAGCCUAGCUGAGAGAUCCCAGGCCUCUUCUUGGGAAAUGAAGAGGAAACAGAGUCAAAACCCUGUGCAGAAAUGUAAAGUUUUGAUUGAAGUUGAAACCAGCAACAGCAAUUUGGAUAUAAUCCAGAUUUUAGAUGAAAAUGACACUGAUGUUUUAUUGAAAGAAGAAAAAAAGGAAGUUUCUUUUAUGAAAAAAGAAAAACAAGAGCUGUGCAGUGAAACUUCAGAAAUAAAGAGAAGCUCUUCAUCACCUAACCGGGAAAGUUUGUUUUCGCCCAGUAUGCCAGUGGAAGAUUUAAAUCCAAGAUCUGGAUAUAAAGCCAGAGUUUCUGUGAGUGGUGUUUGUAAAGUUGCUUCUUCACUGACAGAAUCUUCUCAAAGCACAUCUGUCAAGGAAACAGUAAGAAAACUGACAUCUAAUUUAAGGGAGAUUCUUCUGUAUUUCUUUCCUGAGUAUCAGCUACCAUCAGAAUUUGGCCACAGAUCUCUAGAGGAACUUACAGCGAGCUCUGAGCUGGAGCAGUGCCCAGAGCAGACAAACAAAAAGCUGAAAAUGUGUUUCGACCAGAUCCAGAAUGUUUACAUGGUCCAAUAUGAAAAAAAUCUCAGGAGAAAAAUGCAGUCCAUUAUCUUCGAUGCAAACAGAAGAGGAGUGCUUAAUGAGGUAUCUCUGGGACAAUGUGAAAAGAAAAGAAAAGCUGCUGAAGACAACCUGAAUGAUCUCCGUGCGAAACUGGCAGUGUUACUGCAGAAACUUCAGCUGGGUGGUCCAGCAGGAGACCUGGAGCAGAUUGACAGUUAUUUAGAAGCUUUGCUUAAAGAAGAUAAUCUCCUUUUUCAUAAUGCUUUAAAUAAAGGGACUACAGAUUCAGGACAUAGUCUUCCUUCAGAAAAAAAGGAAAGUACUUCUUACACUUAAAAGUCAGAGAGGACAUCUCAUUUUUUUAAAUGCUAAUAAGAAAAAAAAAGGAAGAUUCUUUAAAAAAAAACUUCUCUGUACUUGUUAUUGUAAAGUUCAUCUUGUUUAACACUAAGAAAGUUGUAUUUAGAAAUAAAGACUGAUUUGGUUUUUAUAUUUCCCAGUCUGUUCCCUGACUCUUCCUUUUCUUUGAGAAACCAUUUCCAGAGUUCUCUAAUUCCCACGUGAGCUACUAAGAAAGAUGGAAAUGUCGUUUAGGCCUAAAUUUUGUUUUCAUUAAAAGGAUUGUAUAAAUCUG